GGGUUUCUAAAGCCCGGCCGGACAGGCAUUGCGGUCAGUUCGUGGCUCAACUUCAGUCCGGCCAGUCGCAUCGGGCGAUCUCUGCCUUUAUCUCCCACCAAAGCGGUUCUAAUUUUGGACUUAACUUAAAUUAAAAUAAAUUCGGAAACUGCCCAAUUAAAUAAAUCAAAAUGCGUUCGUGCGGUCCGAGUUUAAUUAAAUAUGUCCUCUUUGCUUUCAACGUUUUGUUUGCGAUCUCUGGCCUGGGAAUUCUUAUAGCUGGUGCCGUUGUGUUGGCCGAUGUGAAUGAGUUCAAUCACUUUGUGGAGGGACGAGUUUUGGGUCCACCAAUUGUCCUUAUUGUCACGGGAUUGAUCAUAUUCGUGAUCGCUUCGCUGGGAUGUUUUGGAGCAAUCAAGGAGUCACCAACGCUUUUAAUAACAUUUGCUGUCCUUCUGGCCGUCAUCUUCAUUGUGGAACUAGCUGUGGGAAUCGCAGCCAGUGUUUUCAAGAAGGAUCUGGAGUCGAUGGUGAAGAACUCGCUGCAGGAGUCAAUCAAGCGUUCGAAUAGCGAGGACACCAUGGCCUGGGACAACAUUCAGCAGAAGCUGAUGUGCUGUGGCGUUGAUUCUCCGGCGGAUUGGAGGACACUCAGCGCGAACAAGACCCUUCCGGGCAGCUGUUGUCAGCCGCAGUUCAUCGACACCACCGUGGGACAUUGUCUGGACUCACCGGCUCUGGGCAAGGAUAAGUACUUCCAGGAUGGCUGCGUCGGCAAGCUGAGGAAUCGGAUCGAAAAGAACGCCACCAUCCUGAUCGGUGUGGGCAUCGGCAUUGCCUUCAUCCAGAUUUUGGGCAUCAUACUGGCCUGCUACCUGGCCAAUUCCAUUCGACGGGAGAGGGCCAAGUAAGCCACAUCGUAUCUAUGUUUCAUUGAUUACUAUUUUAAUUGAUGUAGUGGAAAUUAUUUUAACGUUAGAACUUGCUCAAUCUACAUUACCCCCAAAAAAAAAAAAAAAAAACAGAAAAGCUAUACGAAAAAAACGCAACAAUUCUUAUCAGAUUAAAUCAUCAUUACAUGACUUUAUGUUUCUAAAGUUUACUAAAAAGUUUUUUUAUAGUUCCAGUUCUAUAUUCCUUCUUUAAAAAAAAAAAAUGAAAUGAAAUGAUAUGAAUAUGAAUUUAUGCGAAUUUCAAUUUAUAUUUUCUAUCUCCGAAGUUUUCUACAAAAUUCUUUCUAUAGUACGCAUAUUUCAACAUCGUAUUCAAGACCCUCUAUCAUCCAUUUCUUUAUAAUGAAUCUAUUCUCUUUUAAUCUAUCCAUCUAUAUUACUACGUUUUCUAUUACGACCAUAUUGCUAAAUUUAAUUUUCCAUUAUGAUAAAUUGUUGCUUUGUAUUAUCGAAUAAACAUAAUCCAUUUGUGUUAACCAU